AAGAAACAUCCGGGUCUCUCAGGUUCCUGUCUGGCGACCCGUCGCCAUUAGUGCAAGCUCGUUUUGAAGGAUAUAUUUUUUUGGCUAAAAUCUCCGAACUUUUAGGUUUUCCAGCUCUUGGAAAACAUUUAUCGCCUUGUUAAGGGCAUAUUGUUUUCCUUAGCGAGUAAAAAUCCUAAAUUCGGGGGGUCUUGGCCCCGCGUGACGAUUUUUCGUCCUCACUUCCAACUGCUCCGAUAACUUGAGACGCCGAAACCGUGUCUCUUAUUUUUUCUCGUGUUUGUUUUAUGGUCAAGAUGUCGCCGUGAUGGGGUCUCCGCGUUUGACAGAAAUGAAUCAGGGCCUUCGUCGCCUGACCCGCACUCACUGCAGCCCGCUUUCCUUCUCCGUUUUUCCUUUUUAUGCUAGAGAGCUCAGCGGCUCUCUGCCCGGAGCUCGGCCUCAACACCGCUCACUGCACGGAGACAAACAUGGAGAAAAACCCCAACAACAGCAGCAGCACCAAGGUUCCGCCCCGUUCCAGCUCCACAGGCCCGGCACCGGGCGAAUCUAAACCCAAAACAGAAGGUAAAAAUAAUGGAGGCUCCAAGCGUUACAGCCGCAAGCGUGAGCCCUCCUUUCCUAAAGCCGACAGUUUCCCCGGCCCUCGCCGCACCAAUUCACAGAAAAGCAAGAAUUUUGACAAGAGACCCCCUCAGAGAGGUGGAGGACGACAGUAUGGAGUUACAGGUGGAGGACGACGUGAGGAGGUAGCAGAGACGCGCCGGGCCGAGUUCAGCCCGGCUCAGUUGGCAGGACCGAAAAAAAUAAGCCUGAACCACCUGCUGAACUUCACUUUUGAACCCCGUGGAGGUAACAGUGGCGUUGGAGACGGAAGCCACUCCUGUUGGGGCCGUCGAAACAAAUGGGGCCACAAGCACAAGCCCUUCAACAAGGAGCUUUUUCUGCAGGCCAAUUGUCAGUUUGUGGUGACUGAUGACCAGGAUUACAAGGCUCACUUCACUGAUCCAGACACUCUGGUCAACUGGGACUGUGUGCAACAAGUGCGCAUCUAUAGCCAUGAGGUGCCAUCGUGCCCCAUCUGCCUGUACCCUCCUGUGGCAGCCCGCAUCACCCGGUGUGGACACAUCUUCUGCUGGCCGUGCAUGCUGCACUACCUGUCUCUUAGUGACAAGACCUGGUCCAAGUGCCCCAUCUGCUAUGAGGCAGUGCACACAGCUGACCUGAAGAGUGUGGUUGCUAUGGAGACCAGACAGUAUGUGGCUGGUGACAAGAUCACCAUGCGCUUGAUGCGAAGAGAGAAGGGGGCUCUGGUGGCCCUGCCUAGCUCUCAGUGGGUGAAGGUGGAGGAGCCUGUUCGUUUUGGAGAUGCAUGUUUGAGUCCAUAUUCCAAGCUGCUGCUGACCUCCCCGGCACAGGUCCUGAACCUGGUGGCAGAGGAGAAGGGAAUUCUUCAGGCUCAGCUUAGCCAGGAAGAGGACGCUCAAGGGUGCUUCAUCCAGAGCGCCCUUUGUCUUUUACAGGAACAAGAGGAAAAGCUUCUGGAGCAGCAGAAGGAGAAUGCAGACAGCCUCGACUUGUCCUCUCUGACUAUGAAAGAACCUUCUUCUCCUGUGGAAGAAGGGGUGACUAACAUCAGCAGUGCCAAGCCCGUGCUGCAAUACGCCUCAGCAUUUGAUGACGAGGUGGCAGAGUUUCCGGAAGAUGCUGAUGCAGAACUGCCAGGCUUUCCCGAAGCCAUUCUGGAGAGUGUGCUGGAGGAACCUCCUGCAGCUACAGGGGAUUCCACCUCAGAGCUCCAGCUUGAAGAGGAGAGCCCGGCCAUCCAGGCAGAGUCAGGCCGGCCCUCAGCCAGUGUGGUGCCCGGACCUUAUUACUAUUUCUACCAAGCUGACGACUGCCAGCAGAUGUUCCUGCAUCCUGUGAACGUGCGCUGCCUGUUACGUGAAUACGGCAGCUUGGAGGCCAGUCCUGAAUCCAUCACCGCCACAGUGGUGGAGAUAGUGGGGCAGACAGUCACAGAGGAGAUCCGCCGCCGGCAUCGCUAUCUGGCUCAUCUUCCACUCACGUGCGAAUUCAGCAUCUGUGAGCUAGCACUGCAACCACCAGUCCUGUCCCAGGAAACUCUGGACAUGUUUGCAGAUGACUUGGAGAAAAGAAAACGCCUGAGGCAGAAGAAGGCAAGAGAUGAGAAACGCAGAGAGAAGCGAAUUGAGAUUGAGGAGAACAAGAAGCAGGGUAAAUAUCCUGAGGUGCAUAUUGGACUGGAGAACCUUCAGCAUUUCCCAGCAUUCGGCUCUCCACCUCACAACAGCAGCCCCCCGAUCCAACCUGACUUCACCUUUGCGCCUCCUUCGCCCCUCAGCAGCAGCCCUUCCUCUGAUGGAAUGAAAUUCUCAAGUCUGAAUACGCCGUCACCUGUCGUGGGUAGUGUGGAGGAUGAGUCCCACUGCAUGUCCUUUGCACAGAUGCUAAGAGAUGGGAAAGCAAGAGCUGAUGCUGGGCCCAGGAUCACUCCAAAGAAAGGUAAUGCAGAUAAGCUGCUCGCUCCCCCAGCAGCGGACAGCGAUGGUGAGAGCGACGGCUCAGACCGUGUCCCAGUGCCCAACUUUCAGAACUCCUUCAGUCAGGCUUUAGGGAAGGCACUUAUGCAGUUGGACAGUGGUCCAGUUUCUUCUCCACAACCUGUGGUUGAACCAGAUGAAAAAGGAGGAAAAAAGAAGAAGAAAAAGCAGAAGCUUCUGUUCAGCACAUCCAUGGUUCACACAAAGUAGACAACACUGAAGUUCAUUUAAUCAUAUUGUUUCUCCCCCACUGCUUGUGUUUUCACUUUCACGCAGAUCUUUCUGGAACUAUAAGCUAUGGAAAAGGAUUUGAGUUCAUGCUGCUUCAAACAUUGUUCCACUGGCUUCAUCCCCUGUUCGAGCUGUUUGAGUGUCUUUCCAUCAGUUUAACUUGCAUACAUUUCUGUUGUACAACAAGGCCAAAGCUUUGCACCAUCAUGCUCGUGUCACAAUGAAAGCCUUAUGAGUCAAUUUUAGUUAACAUUCUAAGUAUUACACGUGCUUCAGGCUAAUGUAACUUCCAUGUACCUGAGUGCAUCAUGGGGUCUAUUGUAGGAAACUGCCCCAGAGUGUUGCGUCUUGGGCCCUGUUCAUGGCAUUAACAUGCGUUUUUGGUGAUCCAAUCACAAGUUGGCUGCCUGAGUAUGUGUGUUCACAAAUGCGGUGCUAAGAGUGCAACGUGUACCCAAGAUGUAUGUGCAAGACAUUAGACCCAUUAGUAAUAUAGACAGGGUAAUUUGAGGGUGCUUUAUACUAGAAUAGCAGUCAGCCAGCUGCAGGUACGUUACACCUUUAAAACUUUCCAGGAUACCCAGCACCCACACAUUAUCAGUCUGGAACUUAAAUACAGAAGGAAGCAAGUGAGUAAAUCUUUCAGUGUUUAUCACAGGUCAAGUCUUGGGCUAGCUCUUCAUAUGUAUAGAUCUGGUGGAUUGCCAGAGUCAAAGCCCUAGUAUUUGGUAAUGCCAACAUUAUGCCUACACAUUAAGUUCUAAUGUCAGGAAGUGAAAACACAGUAUUGUGCAAAGUAGUUCUGUAGGUUCAUCAGGACUCUUGAUAUAUUCUGCCUGGAUAAACAUGAAUA